AGUUUUCUAACCCUCCACUAACCAUGAAGACCAUUGUGCUGUUGAUCGGUGUCUUGGCAGUGGCCAGCGCCGAAUGGAUCGAAAUUGAUUGGUCCCAGGUGCGUCCAAUUGAGGAGUUCGACCAUUACUGGGCUCGUCUGCCAGCGGAAUUGCAGUUCUUGCGUACCGCCUUCCCCAAUCGCCGAGUCACCAACGGACAGGAAGCCACUCCCGGUCAGUUCCCGUACCAGAUUGCCCUGCUCAGUACCUUCACCGGUGGCACCGGUCUGUGCGGUGGAUCCGUCCUGACCACCAACUAUAUUCUGACUGCUGCUCACUGCGUCCAAAAUGCUCUGGGCGGAACUGCCAUCAUGGGAGCUCACAACCGUCUCCUGACCGAAGACACUCAACAGCGCAUUGCCUUCUCUUCGGCUGGAAUCAACAUCCAUUCUGGAUACACCUCUACCAACAUCCGCAACGACAUUGCCACCGUUCGUUUGAACAGCGCCAUUAGCUUGAAUGACCGUGUUGUCCCAACUCGCAUUCCUGCUGCUGGUGAUAGCCGCACCUUUGCUGGAUGGACUGGUACCGUCUCUGGAUUUGGACGCACUUCCGAUGCCAGCACGGCCACCUCUGCUGUCGUUAUGUUCGCCAGCAACCCAAUCAUGACCGAGGCUGACUGUCUGUCCAGCUGGGGUGGAAACACCAACAUCAUCCAGGCUCAGAACAUCUGUCUGUCCGGUGAGGGUGGUCGCUCAUCCUGCAACGGUGACUCUGGUGGCCCUCUGGCUGUUCAGGACAGCGGUAGCCUGCAGGUCGGUAUCGUUUCGUUCGGAUCCGCCGCUGGAUGCUCGAUCGGCAUGCCGUCUGUGUACGUUCGCGUGUCGCACUUUAGAGACUGGAUUAUCGCUAACUCUGAUUUGUAAACUGGUACUGAAUAUUGGAAAAAUUAAAUUAAUAUUAUUUUGAAUUAAAUUGAUUCAUUAAUUCGA